CAUACACUAAAAUAUUUACUCUAUACAUGUUAUGUAACACUACUACUAUCUACCUAAUAAGCAUGCAACAACUAAACCAACAAACACAAAAUAUGCACUAAAAAAAAACUUUAAAAAAUAGUGAAAAAAUAAUGAGGAAAGAUCAUUUUCUUGUGCUUGUUUUGCUUCUAUCACCAUCUUUGGCAUUUGGUGAAGAUGGAAAACCAAAAAAAUGGUGGUCAACACCUCUUAUAAUAGUCCUAUACAUAGGGUUCUUCCUAGUAGCAGCCGGUGUAGCGAUAUGCGUACGCCAUUUCCGAGACCGGAACCUCCCCUUACACUACCAACAUGAGCGAGAGGUACGUGGUUUGGAUGCGGAGGAGAUAGAGUCACUUCCUUCACUACGAUUCUCCGAGGCUAAAAUGCACCGGCUUAAAGAGGAGGACCAGCAAGUCGAGUGUGCCGUGUGCCUUAGCGAGUUUAAGGAUCAAGAGGUGUUGCGUAUUUUGCCUGAUUGUUUUCAUGUUUUUCAUCCUUCUUGCAUUGCUCCUUGGCUCUCUUCUCAUGUUACUUGCCCGAUUUGCAGGUCGAGCUUGGAGCAUAGGCAAGGAUCUAGUGUGAGCAUGUCUUCCGCAUUUGAUGCUACUUCAGGUCCAUUGUCACAGAGAUUUGGUCAUAGUGGUUAUUUUCAGCACAUUAUGGAUGACAACGACGAAGAUCUUGAUCACGAUCACGAACAUGUUACAGUCAACAUUGAAGGGUCAUCAAACGUACAUUCAGAAGUGUUGAGUGAUGAUGGUCCUAGUACUCCUAGUGACACUGGAAAAAAGUUACAUAGGUCUUACUCAACGGGUGACAUGAUAGGGAAAAAUAAAACUAGUAUGACUACUUCUUGGAGCCCAUUAUUUCCUAAAGAAAGUAGUCCAAAGAGUGAUUAUCAUAUAACAGUUAAUAAUAAUGCACAACAACAUUGGAGUAGCAUUAUGUCUUUCAAAUCGGAUCGAUUCGUAGACUAUUCUUCAUUAAUAUUGGUGCAAAUGAAGGGUGCAAUUAGGUCACCAAGCCAUGUAACGUCUACGUUGGAGCCGUAAGAGAUAUAUUGGUGGUGUAACUCUUAGCCCACUUCUAAACUCUAGAGCUCAAAAUUUAAAUUGAGUGUUAUACAUGUACAAAUGGAGUCAUAUUAGCCAAUAAGGUUACAAGUUACAACAAAUUUAAUCGAGAAAAAGUUCAUAUGAUAAGACGGUAUAAGGGGGUUUUUUCAUCA